AUGUCUCGAUUCUUUCGCGGUGGCGACGACAGCUCGAGCGACUCCUCCAGCGAUGAGGAGGAGCUCUACUCCGAAGAGGAGGAGGAGAAGGUCAUCGACCAGAACGAUUCAGAUGAGGACUCGGACGAAGACGCCUCUGAGGAGGACAGCGACGACUCCAGCGAUGAAGAAGGCGGUGGCGGCAAAGGUGCCAGCAAAUUCUUGAGGGAUGCCGACUCCGAGAGCGAAGACAGCGAUGACGAAGUACGCGCCAAGGUCAGGAGUGCCAAGGACAAACGUCUGGACGAGCUCGAGGCGUCGAUUAAGCAGAUCGAGAACGGCCAGAAGAAUGGCGACUGGACGCUCAUCUCUGCCGAGUUCGACAAGCUGAGCCGACAAGUCACAAAGCUCCAGGAUGGCGGCAAGACGCCCAAGCCGUACGUCCGCGUCAUCGCCGAACUGGAAGAUUUUAUGAACGAGGCUCUCGCCAAGCAAAAAGUCACGCCCAAGAAGAUGAACGCCAUCCAGGCCAGAGCCUUGAACGCUGUGAAACAGAAAAUUAAGAAGUCCAGCAAGGAGCACCAGGCCCAGGUCGAUGCCUAUCGGGAAGACAAGGAAGGCUUCAUGGAGUCUGACGACGAAGAGGAGAUCACCGUCGUCGUCUCCAAGCCCAAGAAACUGCCCAAGCUCGAGGCCGAACCUACUGUCGAGGACUUGGGCGAUGAGGGUUUUGCCACGGUCGGCAAGGGUGGACGGACUCUGCAAUACACGCCCGAGAGCAUCUUCAAGCACCUGCGAACAAUUUUCGAGUCCCGUGGCAAGAAGAACACGGACCGGUUGGAGCAGAUCAAGGUUAUGGAGAAGCUGAACGAGAUUGCCAACACGCCAUACCAGCAGAUUCGAGUUCUCCUCACCAUCAUUUCCGCUCGAUUUGACCUGGGAUCCGGCACGGCCAACGUGAUGCCGCUGGAGCACUGGAAGGCUGCCGAGAAGGAGCUGUCCACCCUCCUGUCGAUUCUCGAGAAGAACCACGACUACGUGGUGGUCGAGAACACGGAGGAGUGGGAAGAUGACGAGAAGCCACCCACGCUGCAGCCUGGCGAGAAGUACAUCAAGGUCGCCGGCAGCAUCGUGUCGUACGUCGAGAGGCUCGACGACGAGCUCGUCCGCUCGCUUCAGAGCAUCGACCCCCACACAUCCGAGUACAUCGAGCGACUUCAGGACGAGGGCGCGUUGUACAACAUCAUCUUCCGCGGGCUGCUGUACUACGAGUACCUGCGCAAGGACGAGGCCCUCGACAUUCCCCAGGACAGCGUCAAUCGCAUUGUCAUGCGACGACUGGAACACGUUUAUUUCAAGCCUUCCCAAGUCGUGAAGACGUUCGAGGAGAACUGCUGGAAGGAGGUCGGCGACAAGGUUCAGUCCGUCAUCACACCCCGCACCGAGGCACAGGACGCGGGCAACCUCGUCAACGUUCUCUGCAACUAUCUGUUCAGCAACAGCGACGGCAUCAUUCGCGCGCGCGCCAUGAUGUGCCAAGUGUACUUCCUCGCCCUCCACGGCGAGUACUACAAGUCUCGUGACAUGAUGCUCAUGUCCCAUCUGCAAGAGUCGAUUCCCAACUUUGACGUCCAGAGCCAGAUUCUGUACAACCGUACGCUGGUGCAGGUCGGCUUGUGCGCCUUCCGCAAGGGCCUCGUCUACGAGGCGCAGAACACGCUGCAGGAGAUCUGCGGCAGCGGUCGGCAGAAGGAGCUGCUCGCCCAGGGCGUCAUGAUGCAGCGAUACAACCAGGUGUCGCCCGAGCAGGAGCGGCUGGAGAAGCAGCGACAGCUGCCCUUCCACAUGCACAUCAACCUGGAGCUGCUCGAGUGCGUGUACCUGACGUGCAGCAUGCUGCUGGAAAUUCCUCUGCUGGCCCAGACCGGAUCGUCUCCGGAUGUCAAGAAGCGUGUGAUCAGCAAGACGUACAGGCGCAUGCUCGAGUAUCAUGAGAGGCAGAUCUUCACGGGCCCCCCGGAGAACACGCGUGACCACGUGAUGCAGGCGUCCAAGGCGCUCGCCGCCGGCGAGUGGAAGAAGUCGACGACGUUCAUCCACAGCAUCAAGAUCUGGGAGCUGAUGCCGAACUCGGAGGAGAUCAAGGAGAUGCUCUCGAAGCAGAUUCAGGAGGAGGGCCUGCGGACCUACCUAUUCACCUACGCUCCCUUCUACGACACGCUCGCGCUCGAGACGCUCGGCGGCAUGUUCGAGCUGGACGCCACCAAGGUGGCGGCCGUCGUCAGCAAGAUGAUCAGCCACGAGGAACUCGCGGCUUCCCUGGACCAGGUGACGUCGACGGUCAUCUUCCGCAAGGGUGUCGAGCUCAGCCGGCUGCAGUCCCUCGCCCUCACACUCUCGGACAAGGCGAGCGCGCUCAUCGAGACCAACGAGCGGACGCUGGAGCAGCGGACGCAGGGAACGUCGAACGCAUUCGAGCGACAGGGAGGCCGAGGACGCGGCGGCCGCGGCGGACGGGGCGGCGGCCGAGGCGGCCCUCGCAUUGGCGGCAACACGCAGAGACAGGCCGGCGGCACGCAGUUCACCGGCGGCGCUCUCGGCGCGGCCGUGCGGGGUUGA